UCAAAGUGUGAUUGCUAAUUUCAGACAAUUGUGUCUAUGACAGGAUGGGCUGAUCAUUGAAAACAUGCAUGAUAUUCCUUACACCCUUGAGGUGGGUCCAGAAGUGUGUGCAUCCAUGACAGCUGUGUGUGCAGCCGUCAGGGGCCUUUAUCCAUCUUGGCCGCUUGGUGUUCAGAUUCUCUCAGCUGCAAACCAUUCAGCGUUGGCUGUUGCCCUGGCCUCAGGGCUGGAUUUUAUCCGUGCAGGGUUUGUGUCCUCACAUGUUGCAGAUGAAGGCCUGUUAAAUGCUUGUGCUGGUGAGCUGCUGCGCUACCACAGACACAUUGGAGCAGAGCAUCUUCAGAUCUUUACAGACAUCAAGAAGAAGCACAGUGCUCAUGCCCUAACUUCAGAUGUGAGCAUAGCUGAGACGGCCCAAGCAGCUGAGUUCUUCCUCUCUGAUGGAGUCAUCGUCACAGGAAGUGCCACUGGAGCACAGGCUGAUCCAGAGGAACUGAGGGAGGUUACCCAGUCUGUACGGAUCCCUGUUCUCAUCGGCUCUGGUGUAACCCAUGAUAAUGUGGAGCACUACCUUCAAGCAAGCACCAUGAUCAUUGGCUCCCAUUUCAAGAAAGGAGGUUACUGGGCAAAUGGUGUGGAUGCUGAGAGAGUCAAGAGGUUCAUGGGGAAGAUACAUGAACUUAAGGAGUAACUGUUGUAAUUCAAAUUGUAAAAGAAAAAAUAAGUAU